UUGAGAGAGUAAAAUAAUUUCUGUGACUUGUUUAAGUUGAGAUCUCUCCUUUCUGAUACUGAUGACAGAUGAUGAUUUGUGUUUCAGAACAAAACAGAAGUGACCCUGAACAAAAUCCUUUAAUGAAUACACAGCCCACCUCUCAGUCUCCUCCACAACCAGCAGGCUUUGCUGAAGAGAACGACGACACAGAGUCGGUUGAUGUGAAGAAAACGACACAAAAUUUUCAACAGAUGAUGGAUGAGCAUGAGAAUUCCACUCCUGCUAAACCUCCUGGUCUUGCUAAAGUUUUGUCUCCAUCAAAAUUGAACUUUUCCGUCACAUCUCAAGAGGGUGGCAUCAAUAAACAGAACAAAGAGAACAACUUGGAUCAAGUCAGUGGAGAACUUCCACAAAACCCUGCUGGAGAGUCAAGCUUGGAGGAGAAAAACCAGUCAGACGAGGAAAACAGAAGUGACCCUGAGCAAAGAACUUUAAAUGGUGGACUUUCCACCUCUCAGUCUCCUCUGCAAUCCCCAGACUGUGCUCAAGAGGAUGACGACACAGAGCCAGGUGAGAACGUCACAAGUGAUAAAGGCAUCAAUUCUCCUCCUGGUAAACCACCUCAUACUCCCACACCACCGUCUCCACCUGCACCGGACUCUUCAAACAUAGCUGAUGAGGGUGGCAUUGAUAAACACAAGGAAGACAACAACUCGGAUCAAAUCACUGGAAAACUUCCACAAGACACCGCUGGAGAGUCGAGCUUGGAGGAAGGAAAACAGCAGACGGACGUUCUCCAAGGGUCAAAACCUGAAGUCCCUCAUAUAGGUAUUGAUAUCCCAAAUGGUGCAGAUACAGCAGCUGCUAAUCAGGCAGAAAAGGACAACACUGUGUCUAACAGUCAGUCAACCAGCGACAACGAGGCAAGUGACACAAAAGAGAAACCUGCUGGUCAACAAGAGGACCAGGUCCCUGUAAAUCCAACACCUGGAGACGCCAAAGACUCAGAGAUGAGUCUGGCUGCUGAUGGAGUCGGAGACUCUUCAACAGAGACGCAAACUUCAGGACAGAUAGAAAAUGAACCCGACCCAGAGAACAGCAAACAAGAAGAGAAAAAAAAUACUAAAGACGAUCAAGAAGAAAAUCGGCAGCCUGAGAGUCAACGAAGCUCAAGACAAGGAAGCCAUGACUCUUUAAAAUCAGCUGGUAUCUCUACUGAUGAAACUGACAAACAAGACAAAGUCAGUUCCAGGUGCAGCAGUCAGUCUGAGAAUAACUCCAAAGAGACUGGAGGAGAUGAAGGUGAAAGACAAGAUGAACAAAGAGACGUUGAUGCCAGUGAACAUGUUGAUAGUGCAAACUCAGAUAAAGUGAUCGAUUCUCCUCCUCCAGACAGUGGAGAACCUUCUCAAAACACUGCUGGAGAGUCAAGCUUGGAGGAGAAAAUCCAGUCAGACGGAGGAAAGACAAGUGACCCUGAGCACAAAAGUAAUGCCAGCACAGAGCCAGGCCCUGGGAAAGGAGGUGCAGCAUCAAGCAGUGGUCCAGAGGGGGCAGGAGAAAACGAAAGUGACAUGGAGUCAACAUCUUCAAUUGGUGGAUCGUCCCCCUCUCAGUCUCCCCCGCAAUCGGCAAGCUUGACUGAAACAGAAAACAGCACAGAGUCAGGCCCUCAGGAACAAGGUCCAGCUUCAAGCAGCGGUCCAGAGGGGGCAGAAAAAGAGAUCAAUUCUCCUCUUGGUGAACCACCUCAUACUCCCAAACCACCGUCUCCACCUGCACCGAACCCUUCAAACCAGGGGCGUUACCAGGGGGAUGCACUGGACCCCGCCGUGCGUCCUGUGGUCCGCCCCUCCAUGAUGGGGUCGCUGCUGGUGCGACCGGACCGUCCAGGGGAAGCGGGAGUAGGAGUCACUGGCCGACGAUCCAGGAAGCCGGGCCAGUCCGUUCAAGCUUACGCCCUGCGCUUGAAGGAACUUUAUCGUAAGCUCCAGCAACAGGUUUUUAACAACCCCGAGAAGCCCCUGUCUUUUACUUGUGAAAGCCCAAGGUCCCAGCAGGCAUGGAGGGAAGCCUUCGCCCUCUGUCGGAGAACUGCUGUCAGCACAGAGGAUGGGUUCAAAGGAUACGUGUGGCCGGCUCAGCGACGAGGAUUCAAGAUCCCUGCUCGAAGCGAGGUUGUCGUCUGGGGACGGGCUCGAGCUGGACCAGCUGGGAAGGACUACUGUGGCCUGGUUAAGGCCCUUGAAGAACCAAAUGCUGUUUCUGUGGCUCGCACACUCACUGUCGUCAAGAAUGGAAGGACCCUUAUCCGUGUGAGAAAUCUGAAUAACUUUCCCAUUACUCUAGGACGAUACCAACGUAUUGGCCGCUUGUACCAAGUAGACGACGUUGAUGUCCGUGGUGCGCGUGACGUUGACCUGACCCCCAACAGCGACGGUGAAGUAGAGGUUGGGCUGAUAGAGGCAACCGAUGAACGUGAGGAUGCGUUUGAUGUCCAAGAGUUGGUUGAUGGAUCUGACUUGACUACAGAGCAAGCUGGUAGGUUGACCGCGCUAAUACAAAAGUGGGAGAAAGUGUUUUCCAAACAUGAGGAGGACUUUGGUAGGACGGAUGCCGUCACGCACACCAUCCCAACUGGUGAUGCUGUCCCAAUUAGGGAGCGAUUUAGACCAUUGCCGCCACUCAUGUACAAGGAAAUGAGGUCACUACUAGCGGACAUGCUAGAUCGGGGGGUCAUCACAGCAAGUUCUAGCCCCUGGUCUGCCCCCAUCGUCAUGGUCAAGAAAAAGGAUGGGAGCUGGAGAUUCUGUGUUGAUUACAGAAGAUUGAACUCUGUUACCCACAAAGACGCUUUUCCUCUUCCGAGGAUCGAAGAGACUUUGACGUCCCUCUCCCAAGCUGAAUGGUUUUCAACUUUGGAUCUCUCCUCUGGGUAUUGGCAGGUAGAAGUGGACUCUAAGGAUAGGGAAAAGACUGCCUUCACCACGCCCCUAGGCCUGUACGAAUUCCAGCGCAUGCCGUUCGGCCUCUGCAAUGCCCCUGCGACAUUUCAGAGGUUAAUGCAGCAGUGUCUCAGCGGCCAAAUUACAGAGCGGCCAAAUUACAGAGUCCUUCUAGUGUACCUAGAUGAUAUUAUUGUGUACUCACCUGAUUUUGACACUCACUUACAGAAUUUGGAGGAGGUCUUUGAGAGGCUCUGGAGGCACGGGUUGAAGCUGAGGCCAGACAAGUGCAAACUCCUCCAGCGAGAGGUAAAGUUUUUAGGACAUGUAGUAAACCAGGCUGGUGUGAUGCCUGACCCAGACAAGAUAACGGCUGUGACAGAGUGGCCCAUCCCAACAUCUGUGAGGGAGGUGAGGGCAUUUUUGGGUUUAGCCGGUUACUACAGACGCUUUGUUAAGGGGUUUGCAAAGAUCGCUCGCCCAUUGAACAACUUACUCACUGGCAUCCCCAAGAACGACAAACGGUCUUGUACAAAGAGCAUUGAUUGGACGCCUGAAUGUCAAACCGCAUUUGAUCAGCUGAAGGAGGUUUUAACACAGGCCCCCGUUCUAGCCUACGCAGACUACACCAAGCCCUUCAGUUUGUACACUGACGCGAGCUAUAGUGGGCUUGGUGCUGUGUUAGCUCAGACCCAAAAUGGCAAGGAGCGUGUGAUUGCAUAUGCAAGCCGCAGUUUACACCCUGCUGAAAGGAAUGAUUCGAACUAUAGUUCGUUCAAACUGGAGUUAUUGGCGCUUAAAUGGGCUAUCACUGAAAAAUUUAAAGAUUAUCUAACAGGGGCCAAAUUUACAGUGUUCACAGACAAUAAUCCCGUAGCUCAUUUACAGACUGCUAAACUUGGGGCUGUCGAACAGAGGUGGGUCGCCCAGAUGGCCUCCUUUGAUUUUGAUGUGAAAUACAGGGCAGGACGAGAGAAUGUGAAUGCAGACGCUCUGUCCAGGUUUCCUACAACCCCUGCCCAGAAACGAGCCGCCACCAAUGUUGCCGCCGUGGUUACAUCUGCAACUGCCCUUGACCAAGGAGACUCCACCGCUAUGGAGCCCGGAGAGGACUGGAGGGCUCUGCAAGAGGUAGAUCCGGACAUUCAAUAUUCCAGCUGUCGGGACGUGUGGAAGAAGUGCCACGAGGCAGCUGCUCAUGCGGGCACAGAGAGGACUCUCACUCACAUAAGGCGCCAUUUCUUCUGGCCAAGCAUGGAAAAGGAGAGAAUGCCGAACCUGAACUCGAAGCUGCUGAACCUGAACUCGAAGACGCUGAACCUGAACUGGAACAGGAACCCCGUCGAUCCACUCGGACCACCCAAGGACAAUGCCCUGCUCGUUAUAGAGACUAAGAUGGCUGCAGCGUGGGAGGGAGAGAUCCCAACAUUUAAGCAGGGCAGGUGUGGAGCAGCGAGGGCACAGCAGAGGGGACGGAGGCCAGUCCACGCUGCACAGGAGGAGCGAGGCAGUGAGUGGGACAACACCAAGAGGGCCGACAACACGACCCGCCGGAGGCCGCCAGCACCCAGCACGCAGCUCCAACAGCGGCAGGGGGGUCGCUGCUGGUGCGACCGGACCGUCCAGGGGAAGCGGGAGUAG